AAAUCAGCUAUUUUAUAUAUAAAAUGAGUUUUAAUAGUUGUAAAUGUCAUCUGUUACAAUAAAAAAUAUAAGUAUGCAUAACUAAACAGAAACGAUUUGACAUUAAAUAGAUGCACUACUUUAUGUAUAUGAUAGCCAAAUGUGUCCCUGUCCUUAAAUUUCGACCAUGUUAAUAACGGAAUUGGUUAUUGAUCUCACCUCCAAUAAAUGUCAGUGGCCUUGUAUUUUAAGGUACUGAAAUGUCACACCUCUAAUAGCAGAGGGACGGACAUUUUCACUUGCAGCUACAUGUGACUGGACAUAUUACUCUAUUUAUAACAGCUGACUGCCAGGCCCCAGGCUGACAUAUGCAAGGACAGACGGACAUCAGAGCUGAAAUGUCCCUGCAGGGAGAAAGUACACUGACACCUUCAAACUGGACGCUUCGUCCUUCUGCCUCAGACUAAAGAGCAUGUGAGGUAUCAAAAUGGAUGAUUUAGAUCACAGCAUGCACAUUGCAGACUAUGACUGGACGAGCUUCUAUGAGGACAGUGAGGAGUGUGGUCUGCUGCAGCCGUCACUCGCCUGCCCUGAUAACACGAGUCUCAGUGAUUCAGAGGAUUCAGGAAACUCAAGUUCAGUCUUCAGCACAGGCCAACGGGAGCAGCAGCAGAGUCCUGCUGCAAACAGCGAUGCAGCAGGAUGCUGUAUGGAAGAAGUGCUGAUUAAUCAGAGUGAACAAGACGAUCUUACAACAAAAGCUGAAGAAGACGGUAAAACACAGGAGAACGCUGACAUAUGCCUCGAUUAUCCUGAAGGAAAUACUAUCAGCACAGAAGAGUUGAACCUGAGGACAGCAGAACACAUUGGAGAGGAGACGAAUGACGACAUCACAACCGCACUGCAAACUGAGCCACUAAAGGUCCAGUCUUCAGAUGGAGAACCAACAGAGCUGAAAAGAGAAGAUGGAGACGUGCAAACAGAGAGUGACACUUCAUCUAUACAUGAACCUGACCCACUUUCUUGCCAAAGAAGAACAGAACUUAAUGUGAAUGACAGAGCUGUGAGCGAGGAUGCGAGCAGUCCAGGAGUAGAAAAAGAGCGCUGGUUCGUGACAGUGAACGACAGUCCUGCACGAGGGCAGCGGGUGCGUGCUACCUCAGUGAAAAAAAAACGAAGACAAAAAAAAACUCGUAAGAACAAUCACAUGUGCAGGCAGGAGAAAUCGCUUGAAAACAGCUUAGAGUUAGAGAUAGCCAGAAAUAAUAAUGAAUCUGAGGGAGGGAGGGACACAAAGUAUGUCACACAAUCAGGAGGGCAUCCAAGUGCUAAAGAAAACCCUGAGAGCACUUCAGAUUCAUCACAGAUGCCUUCAAGGUCUGGGGAAGAAGACAAUUUGUCAGAAAAACUAGUAACAUCUCAUAUCAUUGAGCCAAUGUUAGACAGAAACAAACAUGACCCAAGCAGCUCAGCGUCCACACCGCAUGACACAUUAACACCCAAAGACCCGUCACGGCUGGACAGCGUGGAGUCUGACGAGCUUGGAGACGGUGUUGAGUUCCUCUCCGCUCACAGUUAUGAUUCUGAAAGCUAUCUGUCAGCUACUGAAUCACUGGAGGAAACUCAGUGUCCUCUCAUGGAAAACCAACAACAGCAGAGCUCCUUUUCUCUGACAGAAAGCAGCUAUCUAUUCAGUCUGACUGAGAAUACAGAUGCCAGCAACACACAGGACAGGGAAAUGCACUCUGGGGAUUGCACCCUCUCUCGCAAUGUAGCAGCUACUAACUCUGAAGGUUAUGAAUGCACCGAUGUUGAGCCUUCCCUGUCAUGUCCAUCUGUUACCCAAAGCGCUCACAAAACGCCAGAUGACAACUCCACAUGUGAUAACGACACAAGCAGCACGCCACUCCACACGCCCUCGGAUACACCUGGACUCCAAAUACAUGAAAUCAAUCUUUCAGCAUCUGGUUGCUCUUCAGGAGAUCAGCUUAGUCUUCCCCCUGUUCCAGAUGUAACCCUAACACCUUCCUCUGCGGCCGACAGCCCUGAAACAUAUGCCGAAGCCGCGGGCCACACUCGACCUGUGUAUGCCAUUUCUGCUUUUUGGGAUGAAAUGGAGAAAUUGACCAUAAAUGACAUUUUGCAGCUCAGGAUGGGCAGAAGCACACCUCCCACGAACACAAAAGAAACAGUGGCAGCAAAUGUAGAUGAUUUUUCAGCAAAUCCCAGCUCUUUGGUUGACACUGUGGACUAUAAUUUGUCUGACGGUGGUCUAAUGGAUACGUCCGACACUGCUGACUCAGACUAUUUCACGCAGCCCGAUGAAUCCAAGCCAGAUCGCUCAAGCUGCGAGUUUUCCACCUCCGAUUUUGAAGAAGAGUACUGGCAGUUUCUUGGCGCCAGUAGGAACCCCAGUCCUGAUCCUCAAAGCAAAAACCAACAAAAGGCAAAUGACUCUUCUUUCUUUGCACAUGAGGAAGAGGAGUCCACAAGCUCUGAAGGAAAGGAGACACCAGUGCCCUCAGAAGACUUCCCAGGGGAAUCAUCUGAGGAUCAGGACUCAGAUGCUUUCCUUUCAAGUGAACUUGCAUGGCCGAGGCGAAUAAAAAAAACCAAAAGUGUGCGCAAUGUACAAGCUCUCAACACAGAGGAUUUAUCUUUGCAGUUGUUGCUUGGUGAUGAUGAAAGCAGUCUAUUUCUAAGCAGCUGUCCAUCUCUGGAGAAAGACUUGGUUUUAAAAGCGAGCGACAGCCUGGAAACUGCAUCUCUCCUAUCCAACACACACUUACUGGGUGAACACGCCCAAAUAUCCUUCCCUGAAGUGUUUGAAUACUUUUUCACAGAGGACAAAGCCAAGACCGACUCCCGGUGUGUUACUCUCUACGAUCCAGAGGACAUCUCAGUGGCUCCUGUGUUCGACUACACUCUCUGUACAUUCAGCGAUAAAACAUUGUUCCCUUCCCUCUGUGAUUCCCAGUGCAGCGACGAGAAACCCAUCCCCAUUUUCUCUUGUUCUCACCCUACCGUCAGAGAACUCACAUUCCCAAAUCCGGACUAUGUUUUCCUAAGUGCAGACUGUGAGGAGCAGGGUGACAUCUCUCCAAUCAGAGUUGUGUCUCACUCCUUCAUUCAGGGCAGCGAUUGCGGGAUGUCUCAAGGAUUUCGCAGCUGGAGAAGUUUGCUCUCAUUUAGGAAAAUCCGCUUUCACAACAAAGGUAGCAUCUGGUGCAGGAGUUCUGGUGCCUGGGUGUUUCCAGUUGACACCGAGGAGAUCACCAUCAAGACAGAAGAUCCACCAAUAACUGUGGUCACUGAGAGGAGAGUAUCUUCAGCUCCUUCUCAGCUGUUUGAAACCAUACAGACAACAAGACGAGAGGGCAUUUUCUCCACACUGAAGCAGUCAGACAUGUGUUUGGUCUGCAUUGCUUUUGCCUCCUGGGUAUUAAGAUCCUCUGAUCCAGAGGCUGCUGAUGCCUGGAAAGCAGCUCUGCUAGCAAACGUGAGCGCGCUAUCGGCUAUCCAGUACCUGCGGCAGUAUGUGAAGAAGAAAAAUCCCUCUCAAGAUGAUCCCUGAUGUGUACACACAAGAGACGUCAUUUCCAAACACUUCCACUUGGGUCCAUCCAUGAAUAUAGAUCUACUGUAUAUAUGUACAUCUAUUACAGAUAUCUACUGUUUCAGCUUAUGCAUUCGUUUCCAAGUUACAAUAGAGCCUGUAAAAAGUAGAAGUAAACCUAUGACUGAAAUUAUUUUCUGCCUUGAGCUAGUUGGUUGAUUUAUUCUUCUGUAUGUUUCUCAUUUCAUGUAAAGAGACACAAACCAACAAUGAAUUGAUCCUAAUAAUCAAUUUAAUAAUCGAUCCAUAAACACAUCAGUGAGCCACUCUGUUAUAAUCAAUGAGGCCACUGCAGAGUCAGUCCAGCUCACUGGCUCACCAAAUUAAGGGCUGAAAUAGCUCCCAACGAAUCCACUAUUUCAACAACAUGUUGUUUGUUUUGGACUUUUUAUGGAGUUUGUUGACAGUGAGAUAAAUAUUGUAUAUUGUCAGCAUUAUUAUUUCAGUUGCAUUUUAAACUUUUCAUAACUUUGGUUUUUGAGUUCUGGGUAAACCGAUGUUGAUAUAAGGACCAUUCUGUGAGUACAGACAUACUUUUUAACAUGUGCUGUUUGUGAAUGUCCUGUUGUGCCUAAAAUAUGGCUUUCUAUGUCGUACAGCUGCAGUUAAGUUACGUUGUAGAGGAUAGAGGCAGCCUAGUGGAGUUUUUGAAUAGAUGCAUUGUACGUGGAGUUUCUUUGUAGAGGAUUAAGAAAAUGGGGUGAAAACCUGAAAGCUGUGUUGUAGAUAACGGUCUGGUUAGUAUGUAUGUUGUAAGAAAAGAUUCAGUAGGUGACCGCUUGAGCUUUAUGAUAGGGAUGCAUUAUCUACAUCAGUGGUUCCCAAACAUUUCUGGCCCUGUGCCCCUUUGAAACAAUGAAUCAUGUCUACUUGUGACCUCUCAUCAUAGGCUGCAUGAGUUGUGAGCAGUUUUGAGGGAUUUUAUAUUUUUAGACCAUUUAAUUUGAAUAAUUUCUACAGGCCUGAAGAAGACCUAAACAAUAUUAAGGUACACACUAAGCACAAAAGAGAGACAAGUCUGAAAAACAAUGUAACUUGUGAGAGAUUGUAAGAGUUUUUUUUUUCUCUUACUCCGGUACUAAACUCACAACCUCAAACGUCAAACGCCAGACCAUCUAUCCAGCGUGAUUCAAAGACAGACUUUUGAUUUCAGAAUAGAUAAUUAAUAGCUUUAUCAUUAUACAUAAUAAUAUUUACAUAUCUGUUAGGUGUUGCUGUCUCUGAUGCUUUUAUGUAUUACGCCACAAUGAUGUGUGUCAGUGUUUAAAAGAUCUACAAGCUAAUGAUUGUUGUCAGAACACUUCAUAUCUCUUGUCAAACAAGGCUGGGUACAUAUGAGUUUACAUAUAUGACAGAUUAUGUGCAAGAAGUGAUUUAAUGCAAUAAAACCGUGAUUAUCCCA